AUGGAUCAACUUAAUGGUAAGGAACAACAAGAGUUCCAAAAAAUCGUGGAACAAAAGCAAAUGAAGGAUUUCAUGCGUCUAUACUCCAACUUGGUCGAAAGAUGUUUCAGCGACUGUGUCAACGACUUCACAUCCGCUAAGCUUACUUCUAAGGAACAAAACUGUAUAAUGAGAUGUUCAGAAAAGUUCUUGAAACACAGUGAACGUGUGGGUCAACGUUUCCAAGAGCAAAAUGCUGCCAUGAAUCAAACCAUGGGUCGUUAA